AUGAGACUAAUAACUGUCCAACAAGAGAACAUCUUGCAAGUCAAGGAUAGUUAUCAGGAACUGGAUACGGAGCGAAUUUUUGCAACUUACCCCGAUAUCUUUCAAGGUCUUGGUUGUAUGGAAGGAGUUCUUCGCCUAGAAGUUGAUGAGAGCGCCUCACCUCCAAUCAUGCCCUCUCGUCGUGUCCCUCUCACCCUGAGAAAACUGCUGAAAGAGGAGCUAGCCCACCUAGAAAGAGCCAAUGUGAUAACGAGAGAAGAAGAACCAACAGACUGGGUGUCUUGCCUUGUUGUAACAGAAAAACCGAACGGCAAAUUAAGAGUGUGCAUCGACCCCCAACAUCUUAACAAAGCCCUUCAGAGAAGUCACUAUCCGCUGCCAGUAAUCGAGGACAUACUCCCAGAAUUAGCCGAUGUCAAAGUAUUCUCAAAAGCAUACCUCAAAGAUGGAUUUCUACAGAUACAGCUAGACCAGGAAUCCGGCAAGCUAGCAACGUUCCAGACCCCCUGGGGCCGGUACAGAUAA